AUGGCAGUUCUGCACAGUGUUGUUAGUUUGAUGUUGCUUAUGGCAACGUCUGUACAAGGAGAUUACCCGUGCAUCUGUAAUUAUAACAUAGAGGGCUCAGUGUACGAAUCGACAGCAAAGGGUGCUCCCGUAGGUUAUCUUUACGAGUUUGACUGCAAACCGGAAGGUCCACCAUCCAACGACCCCAACUGGUACGGUUACCUUGAGAAGGCAAAGGGCGAGGAAGCUCAAACGUGCCCAGGGGCGCCACCAGCGUCCGACCUAGUAACAACAACGACACCAUCAAUAACAACAGAAAUAGCAACAUCAACAACAGUAGCAACAACAACGUCAACGUCUACUCCAGUGUCAACGACUACCACUACAACACCGGUUCCAAUCACCUCCACUACCACAACUACAACACCGGUUCCUUCCACAACAACGACCACCACAACAACAACAACACCCAAACCCACAACUCCAACGACUACAACCCACGAACCCACAACGACGUCUACUCCAGCGCCAACAACUACUACAACUACAACACCGGUUCCUACCACAACAACCACCUCCACCACAACACCACCAUCAACAACAACAAUCACAACAACAACCCCUAAACCCACUACAACAACUACACCAAUUCCCGUUACAACGUUCACCACAACCACCAUAACGACACCAAGACCAACAACAACUCAACGCCCAACACAGCCUUCAACCUCGACGCCAUCUUCCCAAGGUCAGUACAGCUGUCCUCAACGAUAUGGCCAACAUGCACACAGCGUUCUGGGGUCAGUGUUCACAAUCGACAGCACGUGUUACGAGCUUGUCCCGAAAGAUGUGACAUGGGAACAUGCUGAGGCUGACUGCGUGGCCAUGGGUGGUCACCUCGCACAUAUUCCUGAUUAACGGCACCAGGACAUCAUUUGCAACAUGACAAUGCGACAUUAUGGACAUGACAUCUGGAUUGGAUUUCAUGACAGAAACCAGGAACAACAGUAUUAAUGGUCAUCAGGGGACCCUGUGAUCUACUCAAAUUGGCAAUAAGGACAUGAGACGUUUGCGCACAACUUUGAAGAUUGUGCGAGUCUUGCGGCAAAUACUUUGCGUGGUCGUUGGGAUGAUACGACGUGCAUUUGGCUAAUGGGCUACCUGUGUGAAUUC